UAUUUAUCAUUUACUUCCGUUCCAUCGAUUCAUUGCGGACCCAGCUCUCCUUGUAGACCAAUUUACACAACAAAACUGCUUUAUCAUCUUCGUAUUGUUAGAACCAGUCAACAAAAUACAGCCACCUUCAACAAUUAAACGUUUAAUCUGUAAGUGAAUUCCCUAGAGAAAAUGGCAACGGAAAUUUCAAGAACAGUACUGUUUCACUUCUUGUUUUCAGGUUUAACAUUUACAUUCCUCGUUACUUUUGCCGUUUCCUUCGACCCUUAUUUCCUGCAUUCUUGUGCAAACAACAUCGGCAACUACACCGCCAAUAGUGCUUACGAGCGUGACCUCAAUACCAUCUUCAAACAGAUCACCUCUAUUACGAAAUUGAAUUACGGAUUUUACAGCAAGAAAGUCGGCGAAGUCAACGCCAUGGCACUUUGCAGAGCAGAUGUUAAGCUAGAUGUUUGCACUGGUUGUUUAAAUGAAACUAUAUCAAGGGUCAAGCUGGAUUGUCCUAACAGCAAAGAAGCCAUCGGAUGGUCUGCGGAUUGCACGUUACGGUACUCGAACACAAACCUCUCCGAGAAGUUGGAAAUUAAUCCUCAAACCUGUCUAUAUAAUACAGGAUCUACGGCUGAUGAGUACUUUGAGCUCAGACUCGGAGAGUUGUUGAGUGACCUGCGUAAUAAAGCAGCAGCAGGGGGUGCUCUUCUUAAAUACGCAGCAGGUAACUCGUCGCUCAGGGCUUCGGAAAGAUUAUACGCUCUAGUGCAGUGCACUCCUGAUUUGUCUGAGGGAGACUGCAAUCAUUGUCUUGAUAAGGCGGCAACUGACGGGAUUCGGCGGUGUUGCCUUAAGCAGAGGGGAUGCCGGGUUCUUAGUCCUAGCUGUAACUUGAGGUUCGAAACAUAUCCCUUUGUUGAAGCCGGAGCGGAGUUUCCACCACCCCCGUCACCCUCGGGCGAUCGGCAAAAAGAAGAGGAACCAAACAAAUCAAAAAGGACUCCAGUAGUUGUUGCAAGUUUAUCAGUGAUUUUUGGGGUAGCUGUGGUUUCUAUCUCAGGUUUCUUAAUCUGGAAGAGGAGAAACAAUCAAGAUACAGAGUACAGAGAAAUUCAAUUACUUGACUUGGUAGAGGGAAGAAUUGAUAUGUGAAAAUCAAGUUUGUAACGUUAGGUAUAAAUAAAUGAAUUCUUUCGGGGAACACUAGCUGAUGGUAAACAACUGCAGUUAAAAGGCUAUCAAGAACUUCCGAUCAAAAGCUUGUUGAGUUCAAAAAUGAAAUCAUGUUCUUUUUACCUUUUUUUUUCCCUACUAAGCUACAAUUUUAGGUAUGGAAACUCUUAUCUGAAUAGAGGUAAUAGAUAAGUUCCUUAUCCCGUCGAGUGUAAUUUUUGAGGUGCUUAAAUGCAUUUUGGGUUAUUGUACAUGCAGGAAAAUCUGGUACUCAGACUAAUCAAAUCAUCUCUUAUUGUCA